UUGUCAUCAACUCCAGCCAGCAAUUCACUCGAGGAAAUGAUGAUCAGAGCUGUGGGUUUCGUUGUGCUAUGUGCCUUGAUCUCAACAACGUCUCAGGCACUACCUAAUCCUGGUUUUAAGGUCAAUGCUACUAAUCAUCAGAACCAAGGAAGUUGUUUGUUCACAGUACGAAUUGUAACGAGCUGCUCUUCGGUUCAAUACACGCGAGAUGAAAUCAGUCUCUCGUUCGGGGAUGCAUACGGCAAUCAGGUUUACGCACCGAGAAUUGACGAUCCGUCGACGAGGACGUUUGAGCGAUGCUCAGCAGAUACGUUCGAGAUAAACGGCCCAUGUACGCAUGAAAUAUGUUACGCGUACCUUUACAGAAGUGGAUAUGACGGGUGGUUGCCGGAGAGAGUAGAGAUAUACGGGUCAAAUACGAGGGCGGUUUCGUUUGGUUAUAACGACUGGAUUCCGGGUGAUGUGUGGGACGGAGAUAAUUACUGUUCUGGUUAUGCUGUUGCUGCUGCUCGUUAAGUGAAAAUAAGGUUGAUUUGAGUUGCAUGUUUUGAUGUUUGUGUUUUUUUGAAGAAUAAAUAAAUUAGUAUUCUGUAAUAUGUUUGAUGAAUAAUAAACAACCUUCUUUCUUUGGGUUGGAGAUGAUGAA